AUGAAAGCCGCAGCUGAUUUUUUCCGACGGCGUGCGGGCAUCUCGCCUCAGCGUGGCAGCGAACAGAGUACGUAUGUGCCGCAUCCAGCACCCGGCGGCACCCCGAAUGUUGCGAGCUCAUGGGGUACUUUACCGAAUGAGCAGAUCGGCGGUAGCAGUAGCAGCCAUGCGCCACCCCCUGGCAGCAGCAUGGGCGCCUUGGGCCCAGGCGCCGGUGACGUCUACAGCUCAGGUGGACCUACUUCAUCCAUAGUUGGGAUUGGCCCACCGUCAGGAGCCGGGCAGCAAGCACCCCCUUUUGGAGCAAGUAUGGGAAUGCCAGUGCAGCAGGGCGCCCAUCUCGAUGUCGCGCCUCAACCGACAGCGGAGCCAAUGAAUGGGUUUGCGUCAUUUGAGCGCACCGGCGUCGGAGGCGGCGGCUCUCUUGGGCCGCCAGACAGACGUGGUAUGGAUGCAAGUAACACGGGACCUUCGGGGCAGCAGCCGGUCGGCGAUUCUGCUUACUACGCGGCUUUCAAUCAGACUGCUCCACAAUCGGGUGGAGGCGCACGUAUGAUGGAUUUUCAAGCCCAGUCAUCGCCCGUCCUGUCAAAAGAACCAGCGGGCAGCGAUGCGAUUUCUUCAUCGCACGAUGGCAAGGUGUGUUGUUAUUUGAUGCGGUGAUAAAAGUUGACGACAGUAGUAUUCAUCGUCAACAAUCAUGGAGUUGUUUAUCGAGCCACUUCUUGCUAAUACUACUAGUACGAAUAGGAUCAAAGGGAAUAGUGUUGACACAAGCAACUGACCACAACCCAUGAUAAAAAAGGUACCUACUGAAGCCGAGGUCGACCGCAUAAUAGCGGAUCUACCAGAUAGCGAGAUUGAUGGCGUUACGCUCCUUUCCACGAUCGAGCAGGCUGUGCUGAAUAGCCUGGAGCAGGGUAAUUACGACCGUGUAGAAAAACUAUCAGCGAUGUCCCAUCGACUGUCAAAUGCAAUGAAAUCGGCCACAGAGCGCGCGGUAUCUGCUUUUGAUCAGGGAUCGCAAGUAGCCGCUGCUGCAGCAACAGGCGAUGAGAUGUUAGAGGCUUUUACCGGUGGGCAGCCUCCAGGUAAUUAAUUCUAACGAGUUGUCGUCGCAUUCGCGGCUAGAGAAGAAAGAUAAUGAAAUACUCUAAAAUUGAUGAUGGAUCAAUCAUGCCUAGAAUAACAUUAACAAGCAAGAGGACGUACUCUGAAGCCUCCACCUUCUACUUCUACACACGACUUGGAAGCCACCCCCUCAAGUUCUUGUCUCUUUGAACUACAGGCGCUCCGAGUGCGCCGCUAACAAGCGGUGAUGAGUUAGCUUUUGCAGAUCCCAAGGCGAGCAAAAGCCGGAAGAAAAGUCCAAAGAAAAAGAAGAAGAAAAGGGGGGCUAGCGUCGAUAGUACUGCGGAGGCAUUCGACAAUGACACACCACAGCCUACUGGGGCAUCGGAGCCUCCACCGGCUGCCGCUCCCGAACCCAGUUCAAGCGAAUUCCCAACCAAUUUUUUUGACAUCGCGAGCGACGCUGGCACAAUAGGGGAACCACAACCGGAAGAGGAAAAUAGAUUUCCAGGUCCGGGUAGUAGCAAAGCCAUGUCGACUAAGUCAAAAUCCGACUCUGAUCCUGGCGGAGGAGGAGGCGCGGUAACGAGCGACAUGGAAUUUCAGGUCCCCGAUGAGAAAGGCAGUGGCCGCGGUGUUAACACUGAAGUUGGAGGUGACGGCGCUGCUCAGGCUGAUCCGAACAACUUUCGGUCUUGUUCCAGUGGCAGUGAGAAUAUGUUCGCUUGGCACCGUCGUGAGCGCGGACGUCAUGAGGGUAACUUUUCAUUGCGUGGUGUGGGUCGCGGAGCCCAAAAUCACAGCAAAGGCACGACGGAAGCAGAGGACGAUGCAGACGAAAAGACGAUUGCGAAUCUCAUUGACCGGAUGAUGGAUGGCGUCACAGCUGCGGUGCGCAUGCCGGUGCCUGCACCACGAGGAGCAUUUGGCGAAAAGCUAAGCAGUAAAGGCGAUGCCGCCAUUGCCGGAUCUGCGGGUGUUGGGACUGUGCCGCCGUCUGCAGAUGUCGAAAGCGCGGCCGCUCCGAGUGAUGCAGGAAGCGGCGCAAAAUCUUCUCCAUUUGAUGCCGGAGUGCAGAGCGCAACUGGCCAAGCGGGUCAGACCAUUGUAGAUCCCGCUGUAAAUGAGUCUCGAGCGAGCUCCUUAGCCGGACCCGCCGCAACCAAUACGACGCCAGGCAGUGCGUUAACGCCUGGAGAACUUGGAGCGUCUUCAGGUGCAGCCACAUCUGCCGCAGCUGCUCUCGCUGCCGCCUUGCUGUCAAAGUCUGGGUCGUCUGGCCCGUUUGCAGCAAGUGGAGGCAAGAAGCCUCUGGAUUUACAGCGUGCAAAUGGAAUACAAGCUAGUCCUGAAACACCCUCUUCCGUGAGGUCUUUCGACUUACGGUGGCACCCGCACGAGCUGUUGAAACUCGAAGAGCGAGAGCGCAGGUACAAACAACAACUGCGAGAAACUACAGAGAAGCUACAACAGCAGACAAAAAACGUCCAGAUUCUUUGCACGCAGCUGCAGCAAAGUAGUCAACACCUGGCGGCGGUGAAGCAAGAAAACCAAAGGCGAGAGACGCAAAUGAGCAACCAGUUACAGCGACUGGAAAAGUCCGUCGUGCACCUGCGCGAUGAGCAUGACGCACUCAAAACAGAACACGAACGACUGAUCGCAAGGUGCGCUUGAGAUUCUUAGAUAGUUUUUCGCGGCUAAUUAUAAUAAUCUGAAUAACAAGAAACACGGUGCUGCUCCUGCUGGUAAUUAUGCCAUUUCUUUGUCAGAUCAUCUCGCUCAUUGAGCUGUCUGACUCAGAUGUAUGUAACAUUGCCUCUGCGUUGUUUUUGCAGGUGUGAAGAGCGCGAGGACGUUCUUUCUCAGACGCGCGAGCGGUUAUUUGCAGAGAAGGAUCGAGUCGCCAACAUGAUGGAUGAGGUUGAAGAAAAACGGUCAUUGUUUCAGAGCUUGCAUACCCGAGUUGCGGAAGUGAAACGCGAGAAAACGACAGCAGAGCGCGAACUGCAUGACCUUUACAGGAUACUCGAAGCCACGAAUGCCACCGUGGUGGGUAGUCAAAUACGCAUCACCACGAAGGCGACAGAUCCUGAUCACGGUAAAGAUGAUCGAGCAAAGUGCGGCUUCUCGGACCCUCUCGGAGCUUUAAGAAUUGCAGACGCCUCUGACGAACUGGCACGUGCUGAUGUGACAGGACAGGAAAGAGACACGGCAAAUCGACUUCAGUUGCGCCUUGUCCGAAGUGCGUCUUUUUCGCCAGUCGUCGUGGCGAUUUCUCCAGAAGGUACCUAAUUCUGCUGACCUUUUUCAUCUUCAUCUUACCGUACCUUAUCGAGCAAUCUUUUCAGCGUAAGCGCAGUGAGCGUAAUUAUACUUACUAGCUUCUCAUGUCAAUAAACAGAACUUACACGUCGACGUAGAAAACAACUCGUCCUCCAGUUAUAUUCAGGUCAGUUGUCUUCAAGCGGUUGGGACAAAAAGGUCGAAGAGUUUUUUCGAAAUCUGUGCAUUAGCACCAGCGGACCGGUAUAUGAAGAUGAUACGGUGAUACUAUCCGCGUACUUGCAGGGUGAAAGGAUAUCGUUUGCUCUUUGGAACAAAAACGACGUUUCUGCCGUCGUGGAAGUACAAGUGGGCGUCGUAGCUACACCGCAAGCGCAAACCCUAACUCAAGUCAACGCAAGGGUAUCAGGUGAAGGAGCUGCAGAGCGUCUUGCCUUAGCACCGCCUUGGAAAUACACUGAGCCAGUGGCUGUGAACGUUCCGCGACCUCAGUCGCGUGUGCCUGGAUUAGCGCAACUCUCUGGAGACACGCAUGCACCACGCUGUACAGGGGUUCGCGAAGUGCUUCCACAAAAAACAGAGCGCCUAGAAGUGAUUCUUUCUCCUUCUGAUUUUUAUGUCGGGGCAGCAGCGGCCUCCUCCUCUUCUGGGACGUGGAAAACAAGUGAUAUAUCUGGUCCCACCGCAGCAUUCCUCGUAUUUUCUUACGGGACCUUCGACAACCAGCGAGUGGCAGCGACUUUGCGGCUGCCGUUGAGCCGCCUAAAGCUACAGCCCCUCAAAUACACAGCCCAUGCCUUCCAUAAACGCUGGUCAACAUUGGAAUUUGCGGAGAACGAGGCCUCAUUUGUAGCUAAAGCGCGGACGCAAUUCUCUCUAGACGCAACCAGCAACGGCUGGCUGUAUUUUCUCAAGUGCUGUGAACUGCGCGGGGAGCUAAAAGCGAUCGCUUUGGGUGACACCGCGGACACUGAACACCUUCAAGCACAGCGGAGGCUUGAUUUGGUUGGCGUGGUGCCCAGGUACUGUUAAUGAAGAGUGGUAGAAGACAAGACUGCAAUUGGGAACAAGGUUGGGAAUAUUAUUUCCCGGUUGAGGUAGAGGCUUUAGCUUCUCCCCAUAGAAGCGUCACUAGAACACCCCUAGAUUUAGAUGAUGCUGAUGGUGCACCUACCAAUUAUUCAUUCUCCACUUAUCACCAGGGCGACAGCUUCGCCAGAGGUCUUUGUACGGGCGGAACUAUUUGCAGAUGAAACGGAAUCACCUACCACUAUAAGCACUACAGCGUCAUCAAGACAAAUGAAAGUGCGUUGCCUUGUGCGUUCCACGUCAUCUGCGAUCUCUCAAAGCGUAAAGGAUAUGCUCAUAAACGUCCUGGCUGCGGGUGGUGAUGCAGACCCUACGCUCGCUGAGGAACACAAAAAGACCUUGAACUUGAUCCGACCGGGAGUGGCUGCCGCGCAGGACGCGUCGGAAUUCUCUUCAAGCAGAGCUGCAACGUCAUCCCAGCAAGAUGCUGUUGCUGUUGGAGAAGAGUCAGCAGCUGUCGGCACGAAACCAACUCUUCUGUUCCAGGCUGAUACUGUUGAUGCCCUUCGGGAAGCAUUCUCGCUAAAAGCGACACCAACACUGGACGCUUUGUGUCGUGGCGAGUUACUUUCAUCUGGUUCUCGGAAUAAAAAUUUGGCAGAGGAGCAGGAGAACGCGGUGGAAUCAAGCGACCCACUAUUUUCGGCAACAGCUUUGUCUCAAGCACAACGCAGACGCAUUACAGGGAGAAAUGACGUGCCAAGUGGCCUGUUACAGCGCAUCAAGAAUCGCGAACGAGACUACGUUUUGGAGCAACUCGUCGCGGGAGGUAACCGGAGCACGGAAGCGACUUGAUGAUCUUCAUUAUAUCACACGCUACAAAUUCACUUGUUCUAGUUCUCUACUUAAAUGAAGAAGAGCAAUUAUGCCGCAAUGCUUACACUGAACAAAGUCUGGCUGGCCCUGGCCAUUUGUUUUUGUUACUCUAAUUCUUAUGUCAAUCAGCUUCCGGGGCUGCAACAUCAACAGUUUACUGAUGAUUCAGAUUGAUCCUUUUGGAUUUGGCUCUAUGACCCAGAUGAACUUGAACUUGUCAAGUAUUUGAGUCAGAAUAU